UCUGCCGUCUUCUGUUCUUUGCAUUUCCUUGAUGAGUUCUACCGUUCCAAGGGUGUAGAGAAUUUGAGUUUGCAUCUGUGAUAUUAGUUUAUGAAUCAAGAAUCCUUAUGAAUGGUUCAAUAAUGCUUAAUUGCUUAGGUUUGUGAAAUUAGUCAGAAAUGAUAAACUGGUAACAUAUAUAGUUCCUGAAACAAGUAACUGUGGACAUCUUUAUGUUGCUAUAACUAAGUGGGCCACGAAGCAGGCAGCAACUCGCCCAGGUUCGUGGUCGUCUCUUCCUGGCCUCGCUAUUGCCGCCGUUGUGAGUCCCUGUCUUCCCCUGGUUCCCACUUUUCCAAUUUUCACUAGUUCCUCCCUUUCCUAGUUCACAGCUUUUUCCCUUCUUCUUCACCCAAUCAAUUCAUUUUCCAGUUUGCUAUAAUUUUAAUAAUGAAGGUUUUUUAGGUUUUGAAUUUUUGAUAAGCUAAUUAAUUUUUUUUGCUGUUGCUGUAAUUGUAAUUAUAAAGUUGAUUUAGGUGUAGUUCUAGUGUUGUUGCUGUAAUUGUAAUAAUUAAGAUGAUUUUAGGUUUUGAAAUUUAGAUAAGCUGGUUAAUUUUCCAUCUUGCUGUUGCUGUGAUUGUAAUGUUGUUCCUGUAAUUCUAAAGUUGAUUUAGGUGUAAUUGUAAUGUUAUUGCUGUAAUUGUAAUCAUAAAAUUGAUUUUAAGUUUUGAAUUUUAGAUAAACUAAUUAAUUUGCCAUUUUGCUGUAAUUGUAAUGUUGUUGGCUUUUGCUCUUGCUCUUGCCCUUGCCCUUUUAUAUUUUUUUUUUUAAUUAUGAACAGGUCAACCGAUUCAACCUCUAAUCCACCAAUUCGACCUCUAAUCCACCAGUUGAAUCAGUGACCCCAUUAUUCAGUCAUAUGAUCGGUUCAAUUACUGGUUCAGUCUGAUAACUAUGCUCCGAAUCUCAAGUAAAUUAUUUGGUUGUAAUUUAUUUGUUUUCUGUAUCAGAAAAUUUUUACCACAACUCAGCAAGCUCUAAAAUUCUGAAAUAUGAUAAAUUAUAACAUGAUAAAAUUAGAAGCAAAUACGUUGAACUGAACUUGGACUAUAUUUAUCCAAAAAUUAGGUACAUUUUCAUACUUUAUAGUUUUUAUUUUUACUCUUUUGGAACUGAAAAUGAACAAUGUCCAAGUUAAGCUGGAUUCCGUAAAUGCUAUAUAUAUAUAUAUAUAUAUAUAUAUAUGAUUUCUGAAUUCUGAGGCCUGUAAUACCGGUAGCAUUCUGAAUUUCUAAUUAAAUAGAUAUUUAAUGCUUUGGUGUGUAGAACUCGUGGUUCUCUCUUCAACCAGUGAUGACAAAUUUUUUGAGAUCUAACAGUGGCAAUAUCUGUUGGCAGGAUGGUUUUUGACAUUAUUUGCAGUGGGAGGGACAAGAUUGAAAAUCCGAGCAGGAUUGGUUAACAGUGGUUCCUGAGCUCAAACUAGGAGCCAAAGUAGAACAAGAGUUAGUGUGGUCAUCAGAAGAACAACUAGGCGGCGGCAGCUGCACCAACACAUGGCCUAAUUGCUCAGUCGCAACAAACCCCGAAAUAGGCCGAGCUUGAACGGUAAAAUACAGCGUUGCAUUUGCUGGAAAAGCCCAAUAAUGAGGAUGGUUCACAACACUAUCACUGGAAGAAGCAGCAGUGCCAGGUAACUUUUUCAUAGGUCCGUCAAUUAAGGCCCAUUUGGCCAUUUUAAAUAGCAACAAGGAGACGAGGAAUUCACAAAAACGUGUUUUUAUUGCUUGUUACUUUUUAGAAUGCAAAGUUGACAAAAAGCAUUCAUAUUAGUCAUUACAUAAUUCAUUGGUAAUGGCAAAAAUGAUUAAUCAUGUUUGAGCAUUGAGCAUUCUUGAUUGGCAUGAAUAAGGCUACGCAAUCUCUGAAAUGGGUUCUGUUGGAAUUCAUUGAUAAAUGUAAGGACUUGAGAUCCUUCAAGAAAAUUCAUGCACAAUUAUUGACCUCUGCCCUUGUUUCCAAUGACUUGGUUGUCGCCAAAGUUGCGAAUCUUUUUGGUAAACAUGUCACCAAUGUUCAUUACACCGGCAAUUACUUGACGCAAUUGGAUUGGAGCUUGAGCUCCUUCCCUUGCAACUUGUUCAUUUCCAGUUAUGCUUCUUCCCACUCACCCAGGGCUGCAAUUCUUGUCUAUAGAUGGGUUUUCAAAAAUGGGUUUGUUCCUGAUGUGUUCACUGUCCCAGCUGUUUUGAAAUCAUGUGCUCGAUUCUCUGGGAUUUUUGAGCUUAGGCAGUUGCAUGCAGUGGUAGUUAGGAACGGUUUGUGGUGUGACAUGUAUGUGCAGAACAGUCUUGUGCAUGUGUACAACAUUUGUGGGGACAAUGCUAGUGCUUGCAAGGUGUUUGAUGAGAUGCCUAUUAGAGAUGUGGUGUCUUGGACUGGUUUGAUAUCUGGGUCUGUGAAGGCUGGGUUGUUUGAUGAUGCCAUUUCAUUGUUUUUGAGAAUGGAUGUGGAGCCUAAUUUGGCAACUAUUGUUAGCAUACUUGGUGCUAUUGGGAAACUGGGUCAUUUAAAUUUAGGGAAAGGGGUUCAUCGGUUGGUAGUUAAAUGUCCAUAUGGGAAGGAAUUGGUGGUAGACAAUGCGUUGAUGGAUAUGUAUAUGAAGUGUGAGUCUGUUGCUGAUGCAAGGCAAGUGUUUGAUGAGAUGCCUGAGAAGGACAUUAUUUCUUGGACUAGUAUGAUAGGUGGAUUGGUACGAUGUCAAUUUCCAAAUGAGUCACUUAACCUGUUCUACGAAAUGCAGGCAUCAGGUUUUGAGCCUGAUGGGGUUAUACUGACCAGUGUUCUUUCUGCUUCCGCAAGUCUUGGGCUUCUUGAAUAUGGUAGAUGGGUCCAUGAAUACAUUGAUUGCAGCUGCAUCAAACAAGAUGUUCAUAUAGGAACAGCAUUGGUUGACAUGUAUGCAAAAUGUGGUUGCAUAGAGAUGGCGCAGCAUGUCUUCAAUGAUAUGCCUUCUAAGAAUAUCAGAACUUGGAAUGCCUUUAUAGGUGGCCUAGCAAUAAAUGGACAUGGACAAGAAGCAUUGAAACAAUUUGAAGAGUUGAUUGAAUCUGGGACCAGGCCUAAUGAGGUGACGUUUUUGGCCAUUUUCACAGCAUGCUGCCAUUCCGGCCUGGUCAAUGAAGGUCGUCAGCUUUUCAAUCAGAUGACGAGUCCAAGUUACAAUAUUUCACCGUGGUUAGAACAUUAUGGAUGCAUGGUUGAUUUGUUCUGCAGGGCUGGGUUGGUGGGGGAAGCUAUGGAGUUGAUAAAGACAAUGCCAAUGCCGCCCGAUGUGCAGAUCCUAGGAGCUCUCUUAAGUGCCUGCAGUACAUAUGAAAAUGUUGGAUUCUCCCAAGAGAUGUUAAAAUCACUUCAAAAUUUUGAAUACCAAGAUAGCGGUAUAUACGUUCUUCUAUCGAAUCUAUAUGCAGCAAGCAAGAAAUGGACUGAGGUGAGAAGCUUGAGGAGACAGAUGAAAAAGAAAGGAAUAAACAAGGUUCCAGGUUCUAGCAUUAUAAGAGUGGAUGGUAAAAGCCAUGAAUUUUUAGUUGGAGAUAAUGACCAUCCUCAAAGUGAGGAUAUACGUGUAGUGUUAAACACACUUGCGAAUCAAAUCGAUACCCUCUCUUGAUUAUGGUCUUAGACUUGGUUUAUGUUUGUCGGUUUCUAUCUGUAUAGGCUUUGUUUAUGGUCUUUGAUCAAUGAAAAUUUUGACAACGAAAAACUGGUGGAGGUCUAUGAAUUUAUUUCUAGCAAAAGUUAUAAAAUAAAAUCAGGGAUUCCUGCUAAUAUGGCCCUUGUCUUUUUCCACAAUUCGUGUUUUCCUUGGAAGAAUUGUACAAUUUAUGUAGUAUAUCAUGACUAUGAUUAUUAUAGUAAAAUCAACUAUCAAGUGUGCGCAAGAGAAAAUAUACACUAAUGUUGCAGACUUCUUCGUUGAUUGCACUU